AUUAAAUUAAACUAUAUACUAUAUACUUUAUAAUAAGUUGAAAUGUAUAGGACUAAGAUGUGGUUUUUCUGCUCAGUGCUAAGUGCUAACCAUUGAUAAUUUUGUUUAGAUCUUCCGUCAAUCAAAGCUACUAUGAUGAGAGGACGAUUCCUCAACUUCUUUCUCAAUCCAACCCCAAAAAAAUGGUCUCUUCUUUCUCUUACCCAUCACAAAUCUCAAUCUCACCAAUUCACCUCUGUUUCAAAUCCUGUUGAACCAAAUUCAAAGAAUCUUUUACCUCAUGAUAAUGGAAAAAUCUUCACACCAAGUUUUGGGAUCAUCAAAACCUUGCAUACUAGUUCUGUUGCUGAACAGUCUGAAAAAGAAGAGGUUGAAGAUUCCAUGUGGAUGAAGAUGAAAGAAGAAGCUAAAGAUGAUGUUUCUGUUGAACCUAUUUUGUCUGGUUACUAUCAUAUUUCAGUUCUGUCUCAUAAAUCAUUGGAGAGUGGUUUGGCUAAUCACUUAGCUGUUAAAUUAAGCAGUGUAAGUCUUCCUAGUACAACUCUUUCGGAUCUUUUUGGUGAAGUUUUGGAAUCUGAUAAAGAUAUUAUGGAUGCUGUGAAGAAUGAUAUGAAAGCUGUUAAGGAAAGAGAUCCUGCUUGUAUAACUCAUGUUCAUUGUUUCUUGAAUUUCAAAGGCUUUUUAGCAUGUCAAGCUCAUAGGAUAGCUCAUAAUUUGUGGACAAAUGGAAGGAAGGUUUUGGCUGUUAUAAUUCAGAAUCGAGUUUGUGAGGUUUUCGGAGUUGAUAUUCAUCCGGGAGCGAAGUUCGGGAGUGGAAUUUUGUUCGAUCACGCGACGGGGAUCGUGGUCGGAGAGACGGCUGUGAUUGGAAAUGAUGUGUCGAUUCUGCAUAGCGUGACGUUGGGAGGGACUGGUAAGUCUCAUGGCGAUAGGCAUCCGAAGAUUGGCGACGGGGUGUUGAUUGGUGCGGGGACUUGUAUUUUGGGGAAUGUUAAGAUCGGUGAAGGUGCGAAAAUCGGUGCUGGUUCGGUUGUGAUUAAGGAAGUGCCUCCGAGGACUACUGUCGUUGGGAAUCCGGCGAAGUUGGUUGGAGGGAAGAACAAUCCUAUUAAGCUUGAUAAGAUUCCUAGCCAUACUAUGGAUCAUGUUUCAAAUAUUUCUGAGUUUUAUGAUUAUGUUAUUUAGAGUAUUGUUGUGAAAAAACGAUUUGCAAUUUUAAGUUUAGAGUUUUGAGUUUAGUAAUUUAAGUUUCAGGGUUCUUGUUUGUUAUGUAAGAGAGAAUUUUGGUUCUCCUGGUAGCAAUAAUAAAAGUGGAGAUAAUAAGAAUAGAGUAAAAUUCUCUUUAGACUAUGGUGUUGCUUAUGCACAAUGGCUGCAUUUAUGUAUGUCUGUGUUAUGUUAUGGUCAUGUAAAGUUCUCUUUAUUGGAUCAGCAAUAUCUGUGAAGAGAAUGAAUCUCCUUUGUUUUUCUAUUAAGGGAAAUAUUCUAUUUGUUAUA